AUGGCGGACAACAGCAACGGCGAAAAGGUCAACACCAACAUUGUGACGCUGACUCGGUUCCUCAAUGAGGAGCAGACCAAGCACAAGGAGGCCAGCGGUGACUUCACUUUACUCUGCCAUGCCCUCCAGUUCUCAUUCAAGUCCAUCGCAUACUACAUCCGCCGCGCAACCCUCGUCAACCUCACCGGCCUGGCCGGCUCCUCCAACACCACGGGUGACGAGCAGAAGAAGCUCGACGUCAUCUCAAACGACCUCUUCAUCGAGGCCAUGCGUUCGUCCAACAAGUGCGCUCUGCUCGUCUCCGAAGAGGAAGAAGACAUCAUCUACUUCGAGAAUGCCACGGGCUCCCGCUACGCCGUUGCGUGCGACCCCAUUGACGGCUCUUCCAACCUCGACGCCGGUGUCUCCGUCGGCACCAUCUUUGCCAUCCACAAGCUCCCCGAGGGCUCCACGGCCCGCAAGGAGGACAUCCUCAAGCCCGGCACCGAGCUCAUCGCCGCUGGCUUCACCAUGUACGGCGCCUCGUCGCAACUGGUGCUCACCAUGAAGAACAGCUCCGUCAACGGCUUCACGCUCGACAACGGCAUUGGCGAGUUCAUCCUGACGCACCCCAACAUGCGUAUCCCCAAGUCGAGGGCCAUUUACUCCGUCAACGAAGGCAACUCUCUGUACUGGGAGGAGAACACCAUUAGCUACUUUAACUCGUUGAAGCAGGCCCAGUCCAAUGGAAAGCCGUAUUCUUCGAGAUACAUUGGCUCCAUGGUGGCCGAUGCGUAUAGAACGCUGCUGUAUGGCGGCAUCUUUGCCUAUCCUGCCGACAAGAAGAGUCCCAAGGGCAAGCUGCGUAUUUUGUAUGAAUGCGCGCCCAUGGCCAUGGUUUUUGAGAAUGCUGGUGGCCAAGCUCUCGACAGCAACAUGAAGCGCAUGAUGGAAGUCGAUCCCGAGCAUAUCCACGACCGCUCGGGCAUUUUCAUGGGCAGCUAUGACGAGAUUGAAAAGGUCAAAUCUUUUCACAAGUAA